AUGGCUGCGAAGUUUCUUAACCGCAUAGCUGGCAUCAGCGCUACUGUUGGCAUUGGUGGUUUCUGCUUACAAGAGUGCAUUUAUGACGUGGAUGGUGGACACCGUGCUGUGAUAUUUGAUCGUAAGGACGGCAUUUUGGACAAGUCCGUAGGCGAGGGCACGCAUUUUAAGAUUCCUUUCUUCCAAUACCCUACUAUUCUGGACGUGCGCUCUAACUACCGCCUUAUUAGCUCUCGCACGGGUACGAAGGACCUACAAAACGUCAAUAUCUCACUGCGUUGUCUAUAUCGACCAAAUGCUGAGAAGUUAUCGCACAUUUAUGCCGAAUACGGUGCCGAUUACGCUGACCGAAUUUUGCCAUCUGUUGGUAAUGAGGUGCUCAAGUCCAUUGUGGCCCAAUACGAUGCUGUGGAGCUGCUAGCUCGUCGUGAUCAAGUGUCUCAGCAGAUUGCGAAGGAGAUGAACGAUCGUUGCAGCAAUUUUUACCUGUUGCUGGAUGACGUGUCUCUCACGCACCUUGAGUAUGGCCCGGAGUUCACGCGUGCUGUCGAGUCGAAGCAGGUUGCGCAGCAGGAUGCUGAGCGUCAGAAAUUUGUCGUCAUGCGUUCCGAGCAGGAGCGUAAGGCCGCGGUCAUCAAGGCUGAGGGUGAGUCUGAGGCUGCUCGUUUGGUCUCUGACGCUGUCGCCAAGAGCGGCACUGGUUUCAUUGAGGUACAGCGUGUUGAUGCCGCCCGUGAGAUCGCUGAGACGCUAGCCAAGUCACGCAAUGUUACGUACUUGCCCAAGCAAGACGGUGGUAAUGGUGGUGUGCUGCUUGGUCUGCAGUGA